AUCGAUCGCCUGUUCCAGGACUUCCGGGUUACGUCCUACUUCCUUCCCGAUGGAAACAGUCCGUCAGGCGUCUGGGAAUCUAGCAGUGAUCCCCUGUGAGGAGUAGCUGGAUCACCUGAAGGCUUCCAAGCACCUCUCGGCUCCAUCAGAGCGCUAACCACAGUUAGCUGCUGGCCUAACUUCCUGCCACCAUGUCCGCCUCCGCUGGCUGCUCCCCGGCGGCCCACAGCUCGGGCCUCGGUCCCGGUAUGUCCAUGUUCCGAUGGCUGGAGGUCUUAGAGAAGGAGUUCGACAAGGCGUUUGUGGACGUGGACCUUUUGCUGGGAGAAAUAGACCCGGAUCAAGUAGAUAUCACCUACGAAGGAAGGCAGAAGAUGACCAGCCUGAGCUCCUGCUUUGCUCAGCUCUGCCAUAAAAGCCAGACGGUGUUUCAGCUCAACCACAAGCUGGAGGCCCAGCUAGUCGACCUGCGCUCUGAGUUGACUGAAGCUAAAUCUGAGCGGGUGGUGGUGGAGAAGGAGGUGCAUGACCUGCUCCUGCAGCUUCACGCCCUGCAGCUCCAGCUGAGUGCCAAGCAGGGUCAGGCUGAGGACUCUGACACCAUCAAAGAGCGGCUGCUUGCUACCACUUUGGAAGACAUGGAACAGGAACUGGAGGCCAGUAAGAAGGAGAAGCUGACCGAGGCCAGACUGGAGGCAGAGGUGCGGCUCUUUAAGAAGGAAAAUGAGGCCCUCCGCAGGCACAUUGCAGUACUGCAGGCUGAGGUGUACGGCGCCAGACUAGCUGCUAAAUACCUGGACAAGGAGCUGGCUGGCAGGGUGCAGCAGAUCCAGUUACUGGGUCGAGAUAUGAAGGGACCCGCCCAUGAUAAGCUGUGGAAUCAGCUGGAGGCAGAGAUCCACCUCCACCGCCAUAAAACGGUCAUCCGGGCAUGCCGAGGACGCAGUGACCCAAAGAAGCCGCUGCCCUCCCCAGUGGGACAUGAGCCAGAUUCUCUGAAGAAGAGCCAAGGGGUGGGCCCCAUCAGGAAGGUGGUGCUCCUCAAAGAGGAUCAUGAAGGCCUGGGGAUCUCCAUCACUGGUGGGAAGGAGCACGGCGUUCCCAUCCUGAUCUCAGAGAUCCAUCCCAACCAGCCUGCAGACAGAUGUGGAGGUCUUCAUGUGGGAGAUGCUAUCCUUGCUGUCAACAGCAUCAAUCUGCGAGACGCCAAGCACAAGGAGGCAGUCACCAUCCUCUCUCAACAGCGAGGACAAAUAGAGUUCGAGGUGGUGUACGUGGCCCCUGAGGUGGACAGUGAUGACGAGAACGUGGAGUAUGAAGAUGACAGCGGCCACCGGUACCGACUUUAUCUCGACGAACUUGAGGACAGCGCCACAACAUCGACCACUAACAAGUGCUCAGCAGCACUUCAGGAUCUGGAAAAGAUGUCGCUGAGCAACGGUCCGGAGAAUGGAAAUCCUGGGAUGGCGACUCAGAUGGACCCACAGGCAGCUGCUUCAGCGCCGCCAGAGAGCCGCUCCUCCUCAUAAAGGCCCACUGGACCUGUAGAGCUUUGGACAAGAACAGAAGCCAUUCUGGGACAAUCUGAGGGGGGGAUGGGGGUCUGCUCAGUUCCUCUGGUGAAGGCCAGCGUGUUCUUCUGGAUCCUGGGGGGUAGUGGGGGGCGGGGCCUCUUCCAGGCUGCUGACUGAACUUUGAUGCAGUUUUUUUCUUGCCUUCUUGGCUUUUCUUGACUUUUUAAAGUAAAUAAUCAUAAAGGAAGCAUGAUGCAGAUUAGAGUCUCUGACAACCUCACUGAGCGUCCGUCUGUCCUAAACGUCCUUUUCUCUCCAGCGUCCAUCUGUCCUAAAUGUUCGUCUGUCUUAAACAUCUGUCUGUCCUAAAUGUCGAUCUGUCCUAAACCUCCUUCUGUCUUGAACAUCUGUCUGUUCUAAAUGUCCAUCUGUCCCGAGCGUCCGUCUGUCCUGAACGUCCAUCUGUCUUAAACAUCUGUCUGUCCUAAAUGUCUGUCUGCGUCCGUCUGACAGGGUGUCACCGUAUCACAGCUCACAGACGUGUUCACAUCCACAUCCUGUUAGUAGUAGACGUAGAAGGCCGUCUUUCUGCUGACGUCGGGCCCUCAUGAGGCCCCUCUAUGGGUCUGUGGACCCCGUCCCAAAGGAAGCAUCCCACCUCCUUCUCUGCUCUGUAUUCUGCCAGUCUUUUUAUUAUCUGCCUGCUUGUUUAGACUAAAAUAAACAAUUUAUUUGUCAGAACUCUAA